AUGAUAUUUUUUUUCUUUUCAUUCUUUUACAUCUCUCUUUCUCUCUCUCUCUCUCUCUCUCUCUCUCUCAACCACUCUAUGUUUCUAUCUUUCCUUCUGUCUGUUUUCGUUUCGUCUUUCUCGUCUGAUUUGCUCUUAAUAUUUCCUUUGCAGUUCUAUUUAUGCUUUAAUCACUUCUCUUUCUUACUACGUUCCUUGCACUUCAUUUCUUUUGUCGUUUCUUCUCUCCAUAUUUUUCUCUUAUUCAAUACUGUUUUUAUACUUCAUAGUCUCUCUUUCUCGACGUUCUUUCUUGAUUUUAUCUCCCCACCUCCGCUUCUACCUUGCUUGUUUUACCGGUUGUCACUGUUUACUAUUUUUCUAUCUUUCUUUUCUUUCUCAUUCGGAGGUUUUUACAGUUUCUUUCUGUUCUUAUCUCUCUUUUUAACUUUUUACGCUUCACUUGUCUCCUUUCUUUCUUUCUUGCUUUCUUUCUUUCUUUCUUUUUCAUUUGACAUUUAUAACAGUUUCUUUCUGUUGUUGCCUCUCUCUUUAACUUUUUACGCUUCCCUUGUUUCUUCUUUCUUUAUUUCUUUAUUUCUUUUUUUUCUUUCUUUCUUUCUUUCUUUCCUUUCUUUCUUUCUUUCUUUCUUUCUUUCUUUCUUUCUUUCUUUCUUUCUCAUUCGGCAUUUUUAUAAUAUCUUUCUCUUCUUAUCUCCCUUUUUAACUUUUUACGGUUCCCUUGUCUCCUUCUUUCUUUCUUUCUUUCUUUCUUUCUUUCUUUCUUUCUUUCUUUCUUUCUUUCUUUCUUUCAGCCACUCCUCACACUCUCUUUAUUUCACUUUCUCUUAUUCAAAUAUUUUUCUUUCUGAAGUCCUACCCUCUCUUUCUCUCGCUACUUCCUUUUCACUUUUCUUCCGAUCCGUUCAUUUCACCUCCAUCUUCUUUCUCUCUCUUUCUUUUUAUAUAAUUAUUGCCUCCUCUUUUCUUCUCUUUUCAAAUAAUUAUAUUUGUUUUUGUUUGUUAUUAUGA